CUCAGUCUUCUCUUUUGGAGGCUGAACAGGUUCAGGUCCCUCAGCCUCUCCUCGUAGGGCCUACCCUGUUGCCCCCUACCCUCCUCUGGACCCUCUCCGUAUUGGUAAUAAGCAGUUCAAUGUUCCUGUGCAAAUAGAGUACUAGUAUUACAGCCUAUGAAAUGUCUACAAGCCUGAGGUUACAUCUGACCAUGAGUCGACAACUGAAACAUGAAUUCUCCAGUGCUGUGAUUCUUAGCACUGAUGACUUUUUCAUCGAAGAUGGCAUCUACCAGUUUGAUCACAGAUUGCUAGAGGAAGCACAUACAUGGAACCAAAAGAGAGCACGCAAAGCAAUGGAGAAUGGGAGAUCCCCGGUUAUUAUUGAUAAUACCAACAUCCGUGCUUGGGAAAUGAAGCCAUAUGUGAUCAUGGCACUUGAGAAUGGCUAUGAAGUUACAUUCCGAGAACCAGAAACACAAUGGAGAUUCGAUGUUCAGAAGCUGGCAAGAAGAAACACUCAUCAGGUCCCAAGAGAAAAAAUACAGCGAAUGAAAGAACAGUAUGAGCAUGGUGUUACCGUCGAAACUGUGCUUCAGUCUGAACAACCCAGGAGAGAUGUUGGAAAUUCUAGUGGACCAAAUGCAGCUCUCAGCACUGGGGCUUACUCCAAUUCACAUCCAGCAUUUUCAAACAGAAGAGCAUAUGACACACAUACAAGUCAAAGAUCAUAUAACAGGAGAGGUGGAUUCCACAAUGUAUUUUAGUAUUUCACCAAUGUAUGAAAGACCAUUUUGCAGUUUUCUAAGCCAUUUUUAUUGAGUUUUUUGGGCUUUUUAGUUUACUAAAUCUUUAAAUCAGGUAUCAAUGCUUUUAAAUUUACAUACUGUAAUGCAAGAGCAUUCAGUUAUGGACUCUAAGACUACUGAGCCCACCGUAAACUCUUCCCAUUCCCGCUAAACCCAUGUUCAUUAAUUUCUCUCGUUUUGUCAUGUCAUAGCUGUAGACUGUGAAUUCUCCAGGGCAGAGCUGGUGUCUGUACCCUGCCAUAUUACUUGUAUUGCAACUUGCCUCCCAGACCCACUCUCCUUUUUCCCUCGUGUCCAGUCUCUCACUAAACCAGCCUCUUCUUUGUCUCCAAUACUUUCCAGUUCCAACCUUUCUUCAAAGUUCUUGGGACCAAACCCUUGUUCAGGCUGUGGUCAUUUCUAGUCUCCUCACUUUCUUAUGCCUGGUCUCCUGGCUUCACCAUUCUUCUCUUUCCAGCUUUCCCAAACCUUAGCUAACAAUGUACAGUGCUCUUUGAAUCCCUCUAUUGGUUUCCUGUCUUACUGCUGUAAAAAGGCUCAACAUAACCAUCUGCCCAUCCAUGUCUUUUGUUACCUUGAUUCAGGCUUUUCUUACUCUUCAUUUUACUUUCCACUGUGGCUCCUUCAUACACCCAGACAAUAUCUGUCUUUAUCUGCCAAGUGCUACCUCUCCUCCUUCAGAUCCCAUUAAGUCUCUCCUCCCUUUUCUCAUUAAUAGUCACCACCUCACUCCUUUUCCUGAACUGAUAAUCUGUAUAUCUUGUCUUAUACUAUAAAGUUUUAAGAAUAGGGGCGUCUUUGUUUUAAAAUGUAGUAUACAUUGUAUGUGAUAGCACUAAUUUUUUAUUAAUAGUAGAAAUAGAAAAAAUGUACACAGUGGAGACCAUCACAAGCCAUGAGAACUUGAGUGAUGCAUUAAAGACAAU